GCGAGGCCGAGGUGGAGGUGGAUGGCGUGGCCAGCAGGCUGCUGGAGGCAGAGGAGGAGAACGAGGAGAUGAAGAUGUCCAUCCCUCGUCUCAGGUCUCAGAUCGAGAAGCUGGAGGAGGAGACGACCCGGCUGCAGGAGAAGCUGCGCGAGCUGCUGUCGCGGCUGCAAGAGGAGGGACGCCUCGGGCAGCAGCUGGCGGCGCGUGUCAGGCACGGCAGGAGCCAGUUCCUGCGCGACGCAGAGGAGACGCAAGCGCUGGUGGAGGACCUGCGGCGCGAGCUGCUGCACCAGCAGCAGCUGCGCCGCUCGGAUCGUGGGGGGGGGGGCGGGGGGGCGGGGCGCUCGCCGCGUGAGGGCGAGCUCGAGGGGGAGGUGCGGAGGCUGAAACAGGAGAACGUCAAGCUGAAAGAGUCGAACGAGGAGCUGGGCGGGCAGCUCGUGGCUCUGGGCCUGCACGAGGCCCAGGGCCUCCUGACGGCCGCAGCCAAGUCCCAGUCCCUGGGCGCAGAGAUCGAGUCGGCCUCACGGGGCCAGCUGAUGGACGCUCUGAAGGAGCUGGAGGGGAUCAACUUCCACCUGCGCCAGUACAUGGACAAGAUCAUCCUCGCCAUCAUCGACCACAGCCCCUCCAUCCUGGAGAUCCGGCCAUGAGCUCGCCGCUCACCGCUCACCACUCGCCACUCACCACUCACCACUCACUCGCCACUCACCGCUCACUCACAGCCCCCCCAUCCUGGAGAUCCGGCCAUGAGCUCACCACUCACCACUCACAGCUCACUCACCGCUCACCGCUCACCACUUACUACUCACUCACCGCUCACCGCUCACUCACAGCCCCCCCAUCCUGGAGAUCCGGCCAUGAGCUCGCCGCUCACCGCUUACUACUCACCGCUCACCGCUCACCACUCACUACUCACCACUUACUACUCACCACUCACUACUCACCACUCACUACUCACCACUCACCACUCACUACUCACCACUCACACUCACCACUCACUACUCACCACUCACUACUCACCACUCACUACUCACCACUCACUACUCACCACUCACUACUCACCACUCACCACUCACUACUCACCACUCACACUCACCACUCACCACUCACUACUCACCACUUACCACUCACCACUCACCACUCACCGCUCACCGCUCACCACUUACCACUCACCACUCACCACUCACCGCUCACCACUUACCACUCACCACUCACUACUCACCGCUCACCGCUCACCACUUACCACUCACCACUCACCACUCACCACUCACCACUCACUCACAGCCCCUCCAUCCUGGAGAUCCGGCCAUGAACUCACCACUCACAGCUCACCACUCACCACUCACUCACCACUCACCGCUCACCACUCACCACUCACUCACCACUCACCACUCACCACUCACUCACCACUCACCGCUCACCACUCACCACUUACUACUCACUCACCGCUCACCACUCACUCACCGCUCACCACUCACCACUUACUACUGACUCACCACUCACCGCUCACUCACAGCCCCUCCAUCCUGGAGAUCCGGCCAUGAACUCACCACUCACAGCUCACCACUCACCACUCACCACUUACUACUCACCACUCACCACUCAUCGCUCACCACUCUACUACUCACCACUCACCACUCAUCGCUCACCACUCUACUACUCACCACUCACUCUCCGCUCACCGCUCACCGUUCACCGUUCACCACUCACAGCUUACAGCUCACAGCUCACCGCUCACCACUCACCGUUCACUGUUCACCACUCACCGCUCACCGCUCACCGCUCACCACUCACCGUUCACUGUUCACCACUCACCGCUCACCGCUCACCACUCGCUCACCACUCACCGUUCACUGUUCACCACUCACCGCUCACCGCUCACCGCUCACCGCUCACCACUCACCGUUCACUGUUCACCACUCACCGCUCACCGCUCACCACUCGCUCACCACUCACCGCUCACCGUUCACUGACAGCCCGUUCGUCAUGGAGAUGCGGCGAUGAGCUCCCCGCUCACCGCUCACCGCUCAUUGCUCACCGCUCACUACUCACCGCUCACCACUCCCCGCUCACCACUCACCACUCACUCACAGCCCGUUCGUCAUGGAGAUCUGGCGAUGAGCUCACCGCUCACUACUCACCACUUACUACUCACCACUCACACUCACCACGCACUUCUCACAACUCACACUCACUCACAGGCCGUCCGCUCACCCCUUACCGCUCUCCGCUCACCCCUUACCGCCAUCCGCUCACCCCUUACCACUCUCCGCUCACCCCUUACCGCUCUCCGCUCACCCCUUACCGCUGUCCACUCACCCCUUACCGCUCUCCGCUC